UAUUACCUGACCGUAUAGUGGCCUGUGUCAAAUAUUACACCACCUGAAGUGAAACCGCUGAGCCAGUGCAUGUCAGAACAGCACGCCACACCAGGUAGUGUGCGGUUUCAGCUCAGGUGUGUGAGUCCACAGAGGCUCUACAGGGUUAGAUAUGCUCACAGCCCCCGCGAUGGGCGCAAGCGUACCAAGAGUCCUCUGCCAAAAUGACGCAAGCUUUUAACACAACUCAGUGCGCGGAUUGUGACACUACUCUGAGCGGAGGACUCUCUCUCUCUCUCUCUCUCUUUCUGCAUACUGUCUGUAUUUACUGGUUUUCAGAGAGGAGACGCAGCUCGCCCAGAAAUGGUCGUCCUCGAGAGGUCGGUUCUCGCGCGAAUUUUCGUCUCGUGUCUGACGUGUUUGACGCUGCAACCCGGCGCGCGCGGCGUGCGAUUGCACAAGCAGCCUCCUGGUAUUGAGAUCUUUACCUCCACACAGUCGGUCACGGCAAGUCAAAAAGUCCUCACCAUAGAGGGAAGGGAGUGUAAGUUUCCAUUCAGAUUGGGUGGGACUCUUUAUCAUCAGUGCAUUACAUUCAACUCUGGCAGGCGGUGGUGCUCACUUACCAACAACUUCGACCGGGACAUGAAGUGGGGAUAUUGUAGUUCGCACACACGCCUCUUUAACACUGUUUUCCACAGUAUCAGCGAGCAAAGCCUGUGCAAUCCAAACCCAUGUAAGAACGGCGGGGUGUGUACUGCAGUUCCUUACCGGGAUUCGUUUGAGUGUAUGUGUCCAGAUGCUUUCACAGGAGCCAAGUGUGAGCUGAAAAAAUGCUAUGAACCUCUACACCUGAGGCAUUACAACAUCGGGGAGGUGUGGGGACGAAUCCACCUGCGUAACGUCGAGCAGUGCAAAUGCGGCAGAGGCGGAGUGUCUUGUGAGCGCACACGUUACGGAGUAUGUCUAACUAAUCCCUGUGAGAAUGAAGGAACCUGCAGAAUAAUCGAAGCAACAAGAGAGGCAGUGUGUGCCUGCAGACCAGGCUACAGAGGACCAUACUGUGGCAUCUCACCCGAGGAAAAAUGCUAUAAGGACAGAGGUGUACAGUAUCGUGGCACUGUGAACGUUACGCUCUCUGGUGCCCCCUGCCUGCCCUGGAGCUCAGACCUCAUGUACAAUGAGCUCUCGCCGGACACCGUACAGGAUGCCUCCAAGCGGGGACUCGGGGACCAUGCGUUCUGCAGGAACCCUGAUAAUGACAAGAAGCCCUGGUGUUACACAAUGAAUAAUGGAGUGAUCUCCUGGGAAUACUGUGAUGUGCCAUCUUGCCUUAGUGUGUCAUCUUCUCGUAAAGCUCCCACGCCAACCUCUCUUCCCACUCCUGUGCCCAUUCCAAAUCCCAGCUGUGGCAGGAGACACCCAAAGCGAGUUCCUCGAGGACGAAUCAUAGGAGGCACUUCGGCAAUGGCCGGCUGUCACCCCUGGAUGGCGGCGCUGUAUAUCGGCGAUGAGUUCUGCGCUGGCAGCCUCGUCUCAUCCUGCUGGGUCGUGUCGGCCGCCCACUGCUUCAUCCGCAAUCCAUUGCUGUCGGCGGUGCGUGUAGUCCUUGGUCAGCACGUUUUUAACGACUCAAGCUCCAACACGCAAACGUAUGGCAUAGAAAAGUAUGAGUUCUACCACCAGUACGUUCAGUUCAACCCAACAGUGCAUGAUAUUGCCCUUGUGAAGCUGAAGAAGGUUAAUGGUCGCUGUGCUCGUAAAACCAAGUUUAUUCGGCCAAUCUGUCUGCCGGACGAGUCCAUGACGUUCCCAGACUACACAUGCUGCACUAUCACAGGCUGGGGACACAUGCAGGAGAAGGGAAACUCGUAUUCCUCCCUGAGAGAGGGAAUUGUGAAGCUUAUUCCGGAUGAGAAGUGUUCCUCUCCCGAGGUGUACGGCUCAGAGGUGAGAGAGGGGAUGCUGUGUGCAGGUAGUGACAGCUGCGUGGAUGCUUGCCAGGGAGACUCUGGCGGGCCCCUGGCAUGUGUGCGUAACGAAGUGAGUUUUCUCUAUGGUAUUAUUAGUUGGGGUGAUGGUUGUGGACGAACAGGGAAACCAGGUGUCUACACCAAAGUCACCAAAUACAUCUCCUGGAUCAAUCAGACCAUCCGACGCAAAAAACCCUCCCGGAAAAAAAUACUUUAGCAUGUGUGUUAGCAUGCAGUUGCCGUGUGUAUUGCCAGACAUUUUUUUUUUUUUAAAGAACUGUGAAUGAAGAGUAUGUUUUAUAUUCUAUUAAAUUAUAUUGAAACCAUGACUUGUUAUAGCCUCAUGUCACUUGAAUAAACAGUGUCAUUUUGACAUAGACUUGAAUGUCGUCCACUGGUUGUGUUAUUUUUGGGAAUACAGGCUCAGCACAUAUACGUUUAGGUCCGGUCGAGUUUGUCUGCUUCUGACAGCUGUGUGAUACUUUGUGUAGCACUUUUGUUUUUCUUGUUUAAUUGAAGCAUUUGAACUUUGACCCUGUUAAUUGGAUAAAUUCCAGCUUCUGGCAAGACAACUGUUUAAACAUGGAUGUGGAGUGAUGGAAAAAGAAAGACACUCAACAGUUGAUAAAAAUGACAGAAUGUAAUACAGACGAUGAUGUGAAUACUAUUCUGCAGUUCUUCAGUUCGCUGUGUAAGAAUGUUGUAUAGUGUGCAUUGGCAGGUACUGUAAAUAGUCACAUGACAUCUGGAUUCGAUCCAGGGCACAUCCACAGGUAUGAUUGGGGCUGUGUUUACUCUAAGGUUUGCAGGAUGAGUCCUGUUCCUUUACUCUUCACUAAGCAUUAUGGUCAGUCAGAAAUAUUUGGUCAGUUGAGUUCCUCUGAUGUUGCUCAGAUAGGGUCACUUGAGGGCAUAAGUGGCAUUGUCAAAAGUCGAUACCUGACCUGCUACCUCCCACAAGCACGCCAGUAGGUGGACUGUAGGUGUGAGUGAGUGUGUGAAUUUGUGUUUGCAAUGGACUGGGUCCGAUCUAGCGGGUAUUCUCUCCUCUUGCCCAGUGUUCCUGGGAUAGGCUCGGGAUCUACAGCGACCCUGGCCAGGAUAAAGAUUUGAUGUGACUUUGUGGUGCUGCAAUGCUACUGAUACUGUAUGAUACCAUCAGAUGAGGUGUUUUCAUAGGAAAGGCUAAGCUAUACAUAUGAUAUCACCCUGUAUUAUCCACAAGU